AAAAGAGGCGCAAAGAGACCGACGGGGGCGGCCGAGCUGCUGGGCCAGCCUCAGGCAGCUCUCCCGCCUGCUGGUAACGUCCCUUUUAGCUUCUGAGAACCCAGGCCCGCUUCACCCACAAGUCCCUAAAAAGUCAAGUCCAGCUAAAGAAACAAAAGGCAGGAAAGAUCUGGAGUGUGAAAGGUGGCAGCGGAGAAAUCCAACACUGCAGACAGAAUCAACAGUUGAACAAUGGUGUUUAUUAGAGGUAUACGCAUGACCAUCCAGCCCGUGAACCUAGGAGGGAGUGCCCUCAAAGAGCUAUGGAGUGCUGUUACCAUGACCUCAACUGUCUGCACAUCCCUGGGGAUCGAGAUGAGAGACAGGUAUCACACUGCCUGUUUUGUCUUUUGCCUCUCUAAGGAGCUCCUGGGUGGCCCACAAGCCUGGCCCCUGCUGUUAGCCAGCUGCCCGGUACCUGGAGUGCUCCAGCUUCUACACUGUCUCAUCAUUGACUAUGGAAACACUGAAGCCUGCCUGGCAGGUGACUUUGGUGCCAUGGAACUCUGUGAGAAUGACUCCGGGAGGCCCCUGCUCUGCCCUGUCCCCAGUGCUGGUGAGACUUUCAGUAGCUUGGAGUCAGGGAGCCAGUGCCUCACAGGUACCCCUCCACUAACUCAAACUCAGGUAUAUGCCUGUGCCUCCUCAGUCUUCCAAGGGGCAGGAAUGCUGGCCAAGAAAGUCCAGUAUGCCGCCAUCGGGACUGGGAACUGCAAGCUGUGCACAGCUUUUGUUACUAGUGUGGUGAUUGGAAAGGUGGGCCUUUGGGUGCUGCUGCUGCUGAUGGGGUACUCUCUGAUGACCUGCUGGGGAACUAUCUUCACAUUGGCCCUGUGCCUACAGAGUUCCUUUCCCAGGAUGCCUUACCUGGCCGUGUCCUGCAUCUUCGUCUUCAUCCUCAGCUUUGGGCUAAUGGGGGUGGUGCUCACCAGCUCCGGGGUCUCUUCUAACCCAAAGAAGGGCUUGUUUCUCUUCCUCUACAUUCCUUUCCUCUGUGCCUGUGGGGCCAUCUACACUCAUUUGUUCCUUCCUGAGAUCAAAGACAAGACCAUCCUAGCAAUCACUGAGGAAAUGUGCAGACUCACCCUUGCCUAGAAAGACCAGCAACCUCUCAUGGAGUCUACUGAGCUCUAGCUGUAAAGAUGUGACUGGGGCCAAAGCCAUUUGCUGCCCUUUGUGGUAGGUACACCCUGCAUCCAUUCACUCCUGCAUAACUAAUGCUUAGCAUUCAGUCAGCUAUGGGACAGGACAUUGGAUCACUUGGUGCACACUGCCUAUGAAGAUGAGCAACUCACAGGAACCUAGUAAAAACAUAAUUGCAAACUUGGAGAAACUCAGGGGAAGAGAAACAGGUGGUGUUGUGUGCAUGGAUUUUGAUCUACUAACUUUGCUGAUAUAUAACAUAUAAUCAUAUUUAUCCUUUUUAAGUAUGCAUUUUUAGACACAUGUAUACACCCAUGAAAUACCACCACAAUCAAUGGAUGGUUCACAUCAUCACCAGACAUCCUCAUGUUUCCUGGACCCUCAGCCUACCCUAGGCAACCACUGUCCUUUCUGGCAGUAUCAGACAUAACUGUUUUAGAAUUUGAUAUAAACGAUACACUAUAGUACUUUUGUGUCUGGCUUUGCCUCAGAUAAAUUUUUGAGAUCUAGGUACAUAUUACACAUACUAGCACAUGUUCCUUUGUGAACAUUUUCCACAUAUGGACACUCAUUCCCUCUGGGUGGAUAUUCAAGUUGUUUCUAAUUCUUGAUCACCAUGAAUAAAGUUGAUAUCAACACUCCUACACCAAAUGCUGUAUAAACAUGUUUCAUUUCUGGUGUGUCUUUGUUCGGGCUCCUAUAACACAAUACUCUAGACUGGGUGAUUUAUAAACAGAAAUUUCCCAAGGAUCUGACGCCUUCUUCUGUCCUCUGUGGGGACCAGCACCAGCACAUGUGGCAUAUACUCACACAGCACACACAUGCAUACACAUUUAAAAAUUAACUUGAAGUUGACCAACAGAAUGUAAACUAUAAGCCAGAAACAUGGUAAAGCUGUUCACUGUGCAAGCCGGGCAACCUGAGUUCAAUCCUCAGACUCCACGUAAAGGUAGAAGGAGAGGAUCGUUAUCAUAGAGUUAGUUGUCCUUUGACUUCCACACAUGUGC